UAAAAUAUUAACAAUUAAAACGGUAUUCAGUGAAUGUUUAGUCCAGUGCCCGAUUGGUUUCAAAAUGAGUUUUUUAAAGUCCGUUGAAGACAGCAGCACAACCGUAUUGCGUGCCUUAUUGGCUCAGUAUAAAAGUAAUCCACAACAAUACGACCUGGAGGAGACCGAUAUCUAUGGCAAUACGCCACUUUUGAAGGCCUGCUAUUUGGGGCGACGUGAUCAUGUGGAUUUGCUGCUAAAACGCGGUGCGAAUUUGAAAGCAAUUAAUUAUUUAGGCCAAAAUGCGCUAACGCUGGCCACUUAUUGCGGCAGUUUGGAUGUUGUGCGUUUGCUCUUGCGAUUUCGCUCCUAUACGGAUUUCAAUAAAUCCUCCAUAGUACCGGCCUUAUGUGUGGCCUGUCUGCGUCGAAAUCAAACGCUCAUCAACUAUUUUAGACGUUUUCCAAGCUCGGAGGAAGAACUGACCACCGCACACGGCAUGACUCCAGCUCAGAUUAGCGAGUGCGUGGAGGUCUGUGAUAAAGUAUACGGUAGGCAAAAUAGUCAAGGCGCAUCUAGCAGUGGCGCAGCUUAUAGGAUGCGUUAAAAUUGUAUUGCUUUAAAAAUCCCAAAAUAAUAAUUAUUUAAUUUACCAAUAUAAAGUAUAUAUAAUUCCUAACAUAUUGUUCUCUAAAUACUAAGAUUUUAAAAUGUUUUA